AAAUACGGUCGAGUUGCAAGCAGAAGAACGAAACGCACGCGAGGGAUUCUACGACGGAAGAGACGAAAGAGGAUGCCUCUUCAAAGGAACCGCUGAAGGCGAACGCAAGGAGUACAGUUGUUACUAAAUACUUCCUACGAAGUCAGAACAAUCGUAAAGAUACUGUGUGA